UCUCUAUCAAUGGACUUAUCAUGUCAGUGAAGGCAACCAUUGCUCUUUCUCUAUUAUAUUUGUUGAACUUUGAUAGUCUAAGAUCAAAACAUCUUCUUCUCUUUCAAGUGUUCUGCUCUUACAAGUUCUAAGAAUCAUUCUAACAUCAAAAUCCCAUCUUUUCUUUAACAAAAAACAAUCAUCUCAAAUAUGGGAAUUCGUUUGCCAAUCAUUGUUCAAGCCAAGAAUGCAAUUCGAAGGGCUCUAUCUACUCCAACAACUUCAGAAGUACCCAGAGGAUAUCUUGCUGUAUAUGUGGGGGAAGAAGAGAGGAAACGCCACGUAGUGCCCAUAUCAUAUCUAAGCCAUCCUUCAUUCCAGAGAUUGUUAAGACAUGCAGAAGAGGAGUUCGGAUUUGACCAUCCAAUGGGCGGUCUGACAAUUCCUUGCAGAGAAGAAAUCUUUGUUGGCAUAACCUGCAACUUGACUUGCUCAUAAUAAGCACCAAAGAACAGAAGCUCCUAACUGGCAUGAAGAUUUCUAACUUGAAUGACAACAAAGCUUGAUCUCAACAGUUUUGAGAUUUAUAAUUUUUUCUGGGUCAACUCCAGUUUGUAAUAUAACAGAAGUCUUCCAGUAGAAAUCAAUGUACAUAGAAAGCCUCAUUAUACUUGCAAGAUGAAGACAAUUGAGAAUUACAAAUUAAUUU